GCGGUCACCUUACUCCUUGUAGAUGAGGAGCACCUUGUAAAUGAGGGGUCUUGAUUUGUAUGUCACCAUCGGUGCCGGACGCGGUCACCAUUACUCCCUGUAGAUGGGGAGAGUAUGCCAUGUUACUCUUUGUAGAUGAGGAGGUUAUGUUCAUGAUACGUUGGUGCGGGACAGUUGUGCUAGUUAAGUCGAGGUGGGAUCCCAUCUCAAGUUAAGUAAGCGAAGAACACCACAAGAAAGAAAAUUUAAAUGAUAACAUACUUCCACUAAUGUACCCAAUAACGUACCACAAACAUUGCAUGUGCAUAGUUGUUUGUUUACGUAUGAUAACGAAAUUAGAAUUAAGACUCUAUUGAUGCUUCAAAGUGCUCGAAAAAUAAUUAAUAAGAUUCAGAUAAUCAGUCUCUCUAUAGCCAACCAUGAUGUUGCAUUUGCAUAUGAAAAGGCUAGAGUUCUUCCUCGUUAGCAAGUGUAUACUGCUAUGUAUUCUUUAUACGUAAUAGAAUAUCUAUUCAACGUUUUUUUCUUCUCGAUCUAUCGUUGUGUUCAUUUCUCACUAUGGUCUCACGUUUUUCGUCUUCACAAAAUGGCACUAUCAAGAUCGGUGACAAGUUGGAAGUUUAAUCAAUCAGUUGGUAGAUAGAUCUCUUUACUAAGUGAUUGCACAACUUAGAAAGGGGUAUCAGUUGGUAGAUCCCAACUUUUUCAUGUGCUGAUUCUUGGGACAACUCAACUGGAUUUAUCUUCAUGACCCUUAGCUUUCUUAGCUCGCAUUUGAUUCGAGCCAUCAUUAUUCAAAAGUCGUGGAACUGUUAUGGUAAAUAAGUCAUACACAACUACUAUUAAUCAUGGAACCAACUAGUAUUCAAAUAGUUGUAGGCAACAAAUAUUUCAGAAAGUUACAACUAGUAUUUAAAAAGUUACAAGUUGUAUUCAUCAUGCAGACAAAUGCUUGUAUUCUAAUAUUUGCAGGCAAAUAUUAUUCAGCCGAUUCUAACUAAUAUUCAACAAUCACAACUAAUUUUCAACCUGUUGCAACUAGUACUCAUCAUAUAAACAACUUUUAUUCUUCGGGCAACCAACACUACAAACCACCACACAUUACAUACAUUCUAUAACUUGAACAAACUCAAACAAAGAACACAUGUUUCAUGAACUAGUCACUAAAUAGUCACAAUCAAUCCAAAAUUUGCAACAAAACUCACAAGUGCAAUCACAUUUUGCGGGACCAACCUGUCAAAAAGUGUUGGCUUGGCCAAGCCGAGCCUCUCCUUAUUCUUUCUCCUCACUUAGUUGAACUAAGCCUAUCCAUACUGGGCCGCCAAUCUCGACCUGUGGAAAUGUGACGAAAUCGUGACCGUGUUAAAACGUUCUCACAAUUUCCCGUUAGGAGGAUAGAAGAAUUGAUCAAGGAUCAACCCCUCGAUCUCAUCAAAGGAAGUAAACGAAGUGAAUUCAAAAUCUAUCUUUGCUUUUCCUAUUCUCUUUUAAAUUUUAAUCUUUGUUCUCGUCUUCCUCCUUCACUCAAAGUUCUCAGUUCUUAGUUCCAAGUUCAGGUUGGGCCUACCUAAAAGCUUUUCCUUUCAACUUUCAACUUCCGGCCCAGUGGGAAGUGUGAAAGCCCACGGAGCCCAAUUAAGACAUGAGAAACUGUUCCAAAAUCUACCCCUCAAAUCCCGCCUCUUUCCUCUCUUUUUCAAAAUAAGACUACAUAUAAAAAAAAAAUCUCAAAAACUAUCAGCGUUAAACAUUUCUCCCUGCAUUUCCCCGAAUUUCUUCUUCUUCUUCUCUAAUGGCAGAAGUUAUCGAAAGCUACGCAUCCUCUCCGUCGACGGAGCGCGGGAGAGGAAUUCUAAUCUCCGGCGACGCCAAAUCCAACACCAUCCUCUACACCAACGGCCGCUCCGUCAUCAUUAGGUACCUCGACCAGCCCCUCAAGGUCGAUGUCUACGGCGAGCACGGCUACCCUGUCACCGUCGCUCGCUACUCCCCCAACGGCGAGUGGAUCGCAUCCGCCGACACCUCCGGAACCGUGAGGAUCUGGGGCGUCCACAACAACUUCGUCCUCCACAACGAGUUUCGCGUCCUCUCCGGCCGAAUCGACGAUCUACAAUGGUCCCCGGAUCAACUGAGGAUCGUCGUCUCCGGCGACGGCAAGGGAAAAUCCUUCGUACGUGCCUUCGUGUGGGAUUCGGGAAGCACUGUGGGGGAAUUCGACGGACAUUCGAAGCGAGUGUUGAGUUGUGCGUUCAAGCCGACGCGGCCGUUCAGGAUUGUUAGCUGUGGAGAGGAUUUCGUAGUGAAUUUCUACGAAGGCCCUCCAUUCAAGUUCAUGCACUCUCACAGGCAGCAUUCCAACUUUGUGAAUUGCGUGAGAUUUUCACCAGAUGGAAGCAAGUGCAUUACCGUGAGCUCGGACAAGAAAGGGUUGAUCUACAAUGGCAAGACUGGUGAGAUCAUUGGAGAAUUGUCCCAUGAAGAUGCUCAUACGGGGAGCAUCUAUGCCGUUAGUUGGAGCCCAGAUAGUAAGCGGGUGCUUACUGCUUCGGCCGAUAAGUCUGCUAAAGUAUGGGAGAUUUCUGAGGAUGGGAAAGGAACUGUGGUGAAGACACUGACUUGUCCUAGUUCCGGUGGAGUUGAAGAUAUGUUGGUUGGAUGCCUUUGGAUGAACGAUCAUCUCAUCGUGGUCUCGCUCUCCGGGGCGAUCAACUUGUUCUCUGCAAGUGAUCUUGAGAAAGCUCCAACCUUGUUGUCCGGACACAUGAAGAAUGUCACGGCAUUGACACUCUUGGAAAAUGAUGAACAGAAGACGGUUUUGACCAGCAGCUACGAUGGCCACAUUAUCAAAUGGAUUCAGGGUAUUGGUUAUGCUGGUAGAUUGGAGAGAGGGAACAAUUCCCAGAUCAAGUGCUUGGCAGCUGCGAAAGAUCAGAUCAUGACAUCCGGAUUCGAUAACAAGGUGCAUAGAAUGGGUCUACAAGGGAAUGACAACUCUGGUGCAUUUGAGGCUGUUGAUGUCGGUAGCCAGCCGAUGGGUUUAUGCCUCGCCAUGAAUUCGCCUGCGUUGGCUUUGGUCUCGACCGAAUCAACUGCUAUUCUGCUCGACGGCUUGAAAGUCUUGUCGACCACGAAGCUCGACUUCGUGGCCACGGUGUGUGCAAUAACACCCGACGGAAACGAAGCCAUCAUUGGUGGAAAGGAUGGGAAGUUGCACAUCUACUCUGUCUCGGGCGAUACACUGACUGAAGAAGCAGUUCUUGAGAAGCACAGAGGUGCGAUCACUGUGAUCCGGUAUUCCCCCGAUGUGUCCAUGUUUGCUUCCGCUGAUUCCAAUCGUGAAGCUGUUGUAUGGGAUCGUUCUUCCAGAGAGGUUAAGCUGAACAACAUGUUGUACCACACUGCGCGGAUCAACUGCCUUGCCUGGUCUCCUGGCAGCACGUUUGUGGCUACUGGUUCUCUGGACACAUGUGUGAUCGUUUACGAAAUCGGGCAGCCGGUUGCGAACCGUAUAACCAUAAAACUGGCUCAUCUAGGCGGGGUAUACGGCUUGGCGUUCACCGACGAUUGCACAGUGGUCAGCUCCGGCGAGGAUGCUUUCGUCCGCGUCUGGAGGCUCUCAUCACAAUGAUGAUAUUGACUGCAUUACAUAGCUUCUCUCUGUCUGACUUCCGGUUCUUGUGUUGAUGCUGAAGAUGAACAGCGUGAGAAUGCGGUAAAUAAACUGCGGGUUAAGCUUCCAUAACAAUGGCGGCUUAUCAUCUUUAAUUUCUUCUCGUUCACUUACAUCUAAAGAUUGAGAGUAACUUUGUAAGCCUGUAAAACUGCCAGCAUUCGACACCUAAUCCUAUUUUAUUUUAUCUAAUGGUGAAAGACAACUUUAGAGCUUCAGAAUUAUCGAUUUUUUUUCUUUCUUUGACUUGAAGAAAAGGAGAUACAUGAACAGAAUCGAUAAAAGCUCAACCAGAAAAGUUGGGGAAGAACAUUUUUUGAUCGGCAGGAAGAGUACAUGAAGAAUCUCAUUCUUAAUCUUAUCAGGCAAGUUAUGGGCCUUUUGUCCAAAACAAGUUUGAAUGGUCCAAACGACCAAAGCAGUAAACCAGUAGCAGGCCAAACCCAACAAGAGAAUCUUGACAAGAAAUCAGAAGAACAGCACCGACUCCUUUUAUCCUCUGGCGACCACUUCACUUUAGCUCUAUGAGAAUUAAAUAUCACGUUACCAAAAAUUUUAGAUUAGGGGAAAAGAAAUCGAAAUGCAACGUUGUCAACUAGCGGGUCGACGUGCGGUUCGCUCGAUUUGAUCCAGACUCGGGGUGAAGAAAUGGCCGCUACAUACUCGCAGGUCGAUUAACAGUAAGGCUUCCGAGCUGAAAGUCACAUGAAGUCGUUUUCCCCUUUAGAUUGCGAAAUGCGUCUCUUUUUCGGUUUUCUGUGUCGCCUAACCCUAUAUUUUGAAAUUCUAAAUUGAACAUUCGAAUAUGGCUGUUGUAUGAGUGUGAUUGAAUUUUCAAUAUAUGUGGGAUCCAAAUACGAACUUCUUUUUUGGUAUAAUGUUAUAUAUUAUUAUCCAUAUUUUGAAUGAGAUUUGAUAUGCUUUAUAAAUAUAUGAACAAUAUAAUAACUUUUUUGAUAUAUCAAACAAAACAAAAUUAAAGCUCUCAAAUCAUUAACCCUCAAGUCCUCAACUAACUUAAUCGAUAUGACCAACAAGCUAAAUCGGAUUAACAACCCUAUUGUAAGGUAUGUAGUUGAAAUUGAUAGAGAUUUGGAAUCUCCCUAAAAGUUUAUGGCAUAGUGGCAUGACCCGAUAUGGAUUCCAAACCUUCCAUAACCCUCCCCCGCCUUUUGAUUCCUGUUUUAUUCGUCCUUAUCAUCACUUAAAUUUCAAUUUACUCCUAUGUCCAAUAAAAUUCAUAUGUGGCAAAUUGAUUAGAGGCAUUUGGAAAUGAUUUAAUAGAGUAAUUUGUAACUUUCGUAUGAGCCAAAUAAUUCACAUAUUUUUUUGUUAGCAAACGAAUCAUUUGAUACUCAAUUAAGUUCAUUCACAUAAGUACUCAAGCAAAUGAUAUUUUUCACGCGUCUUAAAUAACUCAUUUUGCAAAUGAUCCAAUGGUGAAAUUACUGGUUUUCAACUUAAGGAUUAUCUCAUAUUUAAAUUCAAUCAUAGUUUUCGUCCGGUCACAAAUUUCAUCAAGUGGAAUGUCAAAAUUUAACAAAGAUUUGAUUUUUUUAAGUUAAUAGGUAUACUUUGUCUCUCUACUUUGUAAAGUUUUCAAGCAUGUCCUCAAUAAUUCUUCAGCUCUUUUACUAUAAGAAUGUCAUCAAAAAGUGACAAUCAAGCCAAAAUUCUGUUUGAUAAUAUUCUUACAUUUCAGAUGGAGGGUCAAGUUAGAUGAUAAUAUAUUCUUGUAGUAGAAGGACAAAAAUAAUCUAAAAAAUAUACUUAUAACGUUGUUUAUGUAGACAAGUUGACAACACACCCUAGUCCAAUUGAAACUGUUCUGACAUGUGGAUUUGUUUCUACUAUGAACCGGCGUCCACGCCAAUCUGAAUUUCAGCUACCAUUGUUAUUAGAAAUUUACGACGACAUGGGUAUUAAUGAUAUAUAUAAAUUAGAAUCCUCGACUUUCUACCCAUAAAAAAAACUUUUACAUAAAUGUAAAUAAACCCUCCCUCGGCCGGAAUCAACGUCUGGUUUGAUGGUGCGGCCAAGCGUGGUCAAAGAGGUACUAUUGAUUUUGUAGGCUUUUCAUACAACAGGUAAUGUUAAUUUGUCUUUGGAAAAUGUUAUGAUGAGAUCGAGGAUCCAUUUAAUCAAUAUGGAAUGUUUAGCUCUACGUCAGCCUUAUAUAGUGGUGUCUAACUCAUUCCCUUCUUGCUGUUCAUUUUUUCAUGGGGACUCUCAACUCUUGAUACGCCGGAUGAUUGGAGGUGAUAUGCAUCAUGAUCGCGGGGUGGAGCUAUUCUGGAUGACGCAUCUAGGAGCUUGACGCCUUCGUUCAGCAAAGUUUCUUACUGUUUUUGUUUCUCGUCAACUCAACAGGGCUGCCCAUCACGUGGCACAAAAGGCCCUCUCAUCGAGAGUUCGACUAUUGAUCGACUCCCGCGCUUUUCUUUCUACCCGUUUGUGACUUUCGAUUCAACAUCUGACUUUGCCAAAAAAAAAAAAACCUCCCGAUUCCCAAAGGUCAGGGUGGAAAUAUUUAGGUAUUGAUGUUAAAUGUCGUGUUUAAAUAUGAGUAUUUGUAAUAUUAACCGGUAUGAACCGAUACAAACCAAUACGUACCACCGGUCGAACUAUUCCACUUGUCAUACCGACACACUGACAUAAACCGGUUUGACAACCUUGCGCAUAAGGCUAAGCAAUGAAUCCACCACCUACUCGAAACCACUUUUUACGAGGGGAAUUUUUAAAGCAGAAAGAAACAACCUUUCUAUCUAUACUAUAUAUGCCCAGUCCCCACAGCUACCGGAUUCCCUCAUUGGGCCGGGGGAAAAAGGCCACAAGGCCCACAACAGCAAGACAACUGGAACGGAAUAUAUAUAUAACAAAAAAGGCCGUUUUUUUUUCUACAUGACGGAGCAACCAUUGGGGUUGUCGUCGCUGAACAUGGUGGUGAACUGCUCGCCGGCGCCGGUGGGUGCGGAAGGGUUGGGGAGAGCCUGGACGACGUUCCUGACGUAGCCGGAGGGCGCCUUCUUGUCGUAGGCGCCGGCGACGUAAGGGUAGGCCACGAGGUUGUACUGAACGUAGGGCCAGAACUCGGCCUUCUUCCCCGUCCUCAGUAUCUUCUUCAGCACCUUGUUCGGCUCCACGUGUCCCGUCACCACCACCCGGCUCUGCUUCCGGAUUACUUCCACCGAUUUCACUCCUGCAUGUAUAUAUGUAUAUAUGCCGGAUUAGUAAGAGAAUGAAGGUGUCGGGUCAGU